CGCUCCAAAAUAUGAUCCAUCAAAACAGCACCAGCUGUAGGCAGCCGAAUUGGCUUCCAAUAGUUUCAGUUUCAUGGAACAACUUUCCUCCGCCUCUGCUUCCAGGUUUCGAUUCCGAGAUCACGGUGGCCUUAUGGCUGACUACGGAAACGAAUUUGAUGACAAUAACAGCCCUCACUCUUCCUCUUCCGUCUCCAACGGAAGCGCCGUUGAUCAUGACACCGAACUAGAGUCCAUGACCGGAAAGGGUAUUAAGCAUCUAUGUACCGAGCUUCUUGAGCUGAAAAGAGUAUCAGAAGAAGAAUUUCACAAAAGUAUAUUUGCAAAUUACACUGCAUUUGUCAGGAUAUUUAAGGAAGCUGAUAGCAUGAAAAAUCAACUGUUGCAAAUGAAACAACAUAUUUCAACACAAGAGAAACUUGUUGAAGACCUCAAAAACGUUUAUGUUAAGGCUCUAUUAGUGGGAAACCCGGACACUAUUCUCUCAGAGGAUGUGUCUAUUGACCUGACAAGUUCGAGCACAUUUGAAAUCCACAUCCAGGGUAUUUUAGAAACGUUAGAUACUUAUCUAUCUGAAAAACAAUUUGAUGAAGCGUUGGCAGUCCUAGAGUUUGAAGCUGAAAAGAUUGAGAACAUGUCGUUGGAAGGAAAUUCGCCCUCGGAUCUUUUAACGUGGUAUGGCACUGCUAUUACUGAAAGGAAGGCUAUGCUAGUAGAUGAACUGAAGUUGGUGGCUGGAGAUAGUAGAGUUUGUGCACGAGAACUACACAAGGCUUUGGUUGGACUUUGUAGACUUGGUGAUUAUCAUCUUGCAACUCAUUUGUUGUUUAAGUAUUAUCAUUCACGCAUUAUAAAUGGUACGGUGGCUUUGCAAAAUGUGAAACCAUUUGGUGGAUUAUAUGUGCAUAAACUUGCAAGAUUGGUGUUUUCUAUGAUUGUGCAAGCUGCUAAGAGUUUUCAAGCAUUGUUUGGAGAAAAUUCUUCUGAUGCUUUUGAGUUUACUCAAUGGGCUUGUGGACAGACUGAAUAUUUUGCUGAAUAUUUCAUUAAAUAUGUCAAGUCCAUUUCAGAAAUAAGCGAUGGAUUGACAACAGUGGUAGAAGCAGUGAAAUGUGUUUUGUCAUAUUGCUCUUUGUUAGAGUUUCAAAGGAUAAAGCUCCAGUCAUCUUUGAUAGAGCUUAUACGGCCUUGUCUGGAAGAGGUUAUGCUGGUUCAUAUUGAUCAUUUUAAGAAUGUAAUUGGUAUUUUCACAUCAUCAGAUGCUUGGAUUGUCGGAAGAUACCAAGUGUCAGGAAUUUUGACUGAAAGUAGUCACUAUUCCAUGGUUAUAGCGCAGAAGCUGGAGUAUUGCCUGCUCACUAGCAGUGGUCGGAAAUUCGUAACACUCUUAGAGACUCUUAUAGAAGAUAUUUCACCUUUAUUACCUCUUCAAUUAGAAGCUCCAAUCCUCAAAGGUCUCAUGGAACUUGUAACGGAGUAUGUCAACUUGCUUGAAAAUGCCUUACCAGGAAAGUCCAUCUUUUCUGAAAGUCAAGGUCCGAGAAUCAUUUUAGCUGUGUCACUGGCACAGCAAUUUUCUUUAGUCUUAAAUGUGGCAACACUUGUUCAUAUUUUACCCAGCUUAAUUAGGUGCCUCGUCAAGUCCAUCGACCACUUGGCAUUUGAAGUUGACAACUUUGUACUACAUAUGCAAGAAGCCUCAGAUCAAGUCAGGACUCGUUUUGUCCAGCAGUUUGUUCCCAGAAUAUUUUAUGAAAGUGGAACUAGACUUAUUCCAACCAUUUGGAUUGAUGGCAAUGAAGAAUCUGGUUUCAUGCCCUCAGAUGUUUUCCAGGGACUCUUUUCAGAACUCAGGAAAUUGCAUAAGAUUGCUGAUGAUAAUUUGGUCGAAAGGGAGUGGUUGAUGGAGCUACUGAGAGAGCUGAUGGAUGCUGUAAUUAAUUACAUUUCUACUAGUGAAGAGAUUUGGACAACAAAAGAGAAUGGUUCAAUUGAUAAAUGUUCUCAAGAUUUUGAGCAGUUUAUACUGGACAUGCAUUUCCUGGUGGAACUUGCUAGGCACGGAGGUUACUACUCCAACAACCUGAUGACUGCCUCAAUGUCUCUCGUAUCCCGCAUGGAAUCAAUGAUUGUUUCAGCUGGCUUCGAACUAAGAAGUGAUGGAUGGGCCAAAAAUGCUGCUUUAGAAGCUCUUGAGAAACUGAUAGAAAUAGAAGAAAAGGGUUGGAUCCUCUCUGAUGAGUCUACCAAUCAGAAUAGUGUUGAAUAUAAAGAAGAUGAAACAAUUCUAAAGGAGGAUGAUGAUGAAGAAGAAACAAUUCAUGAAUAUUCCCAAGAUGAAUCCAUUGUCAAGAAAGAGAUAAGGAAGAUGGAAGAUUAUCUUUGGAAAGAUGAUGAUGUCCUUUUGGAAGAAGAAGUUGAUGAUGAUUGA